AUGAAAAUUUUAUUUCAAUUUAUAUUUUUAUCAUUAUUAUUUAAAAGUAUUUAUUCAGGAUAUCUUAAAGUUGAAUACUAUCAAAUAAAUGAUUAUUCUUGUAAAAAUGGAAUGACCCUUGUUCAUUAUAGAACAACCAAUUUAUGUAAUGAAGGAACAAGCCUUAUGUAUACAUGUGAUGCUGCAAAUAAUAAUAUAACAAGAACCCAAUAUUAUGGAUCAAAUUGUCAAGGUGGAUCUGAAUCUAUAAAUCUUGAAGCAAAUAAAUGUACCAAUGAUUUUGGAACAUCAAAUAAUGUUAUUUAUAGUUGUACAGAAGAUUAUGAUCUUGGAACUAAUUCACUAGUUGAAUAUUUAACAAAUGGCCAAUGCCCUGAUUCUAACCCUGCUUGGAAGGAUGAUAUUAUUCAAGUAGCUUCCUUGGGUUUAAAUAUAUGCACCUAUACUGAUGUUGGCUCUAUUAAAACUACAAGUUGUAAUGAGACUUCAUAUGAUGAGAAUUAUUAUUUUAGUACCGAUUCCUGCACAAACGCUAUAUUCUCUCAUGCUCUAGAAUUCCCAGAGUGUAGCCAAAAUACACCAGAAAUCUAUUACUGUAAUAAUUAA